ACAUUCGUUUAGGAAUUUGAAUCCCCAUCAUCAUUUCUCCUUCACCGGUGUCGACGCCUUUCCCGGUUUAUUUAAGUAUUCUCUAUUUUUUACAGUACGUUUUUGUACAAUACUCUUUUGUGUCUUUAGAAAAAAAUACAAUAGUUUCAUUAUUUUGCGUGAUAAUGUGGAUUAGUUUCUCCGUCAGUGCUGAAAUUGUCUGAAUAUUCCACUUUGAUAUGCAGAAUAUAGUGGCAAAAAUAACGCACAGCAAGUAUUAGUUUAAUUUAUAUAGAUAAUUAGAUAUUUAUGCCGAAUUCUUGAUUUACAUUAGUAGUUUUCUGAGACAUAUCAGGGAAGAAAAGAAACAAGGAAGGAAGGAAGCAAAGGCACACACAGAGUCAUGUCCUUCAGGAGGGGUGUUGUCAGACAGAGUAAGUUCCGGCAUGUAUUUGCCCAGGCAUGGAAGGCUGAGCAUUGCCUUGAUGAUAUCAGAGUAUCACGUGUGACAUGGGAUGGUCCAUUGUGUGCUGCCAAUCCAAAAUUUAUUGCUGUCAUCAUUGAGGCUGGAGGCGGUGGAGCCUUUCUUGUAUUACCGCUCACAAAGAGUGGUAGAGUGGACCAGAAUACCCCGACUGUGUGCGGUCACGCUGCUCCAGUGCUGGAUGUGCAGUGGUGCCCACAUGAUGACAAUGUUAUUGCCAGUGCCUCUGAAGACUGCACUGUGAAGAUUUGGCAAAUUUCUGAUGGUGGUCUUACAACACCUAUGUCUGAAGCUGUUGUGACUCUUGAGGGCCACAGUAAACGAGUGGGCAUCCUAGCCUGGCAUCCUACUGCUCUCAACAUCCUGUUGACUGCAGGGUGUGAUAAUGUCCUGUGUGUGUGGGAUGUGGGCACCGGGGAGCUGGUUUACCAGUUGAAUGAUGCCCAUCCAGACCUGAUAUACAGCGUGAGCUGGAACCGUGAGGGCAGUGUGGUGUGCACCACCUGUAAAGACAAAGCCUUACGUGUCAUUGACCCCCGUCGUGGAACUGUCCUGAAGGUGCGAGAAAAGGCUCACGAAGGCUCCAGGCCAAUGAGGGCCGUCUUUCUGGCUGAUGGGAAAAUCCUUACAACCGGCUUCAGUCGCAUGAGUGAGAGACAGCUCGCUCUCUGGGAUAUGAAAGAUCUCUCAGAGCCAAUGGUGACUCAAGAAAUGGACACCAGUAAUGGAGUUCUACUUCCAUUCUAUGACCCAGACACCAACAUGGUUUACUUGUGUGGAAAGGGGGAUUGUACCAUUCGUUACUUUGAGGUGACAGAUGAGUCACCGUAUGUUCACUUCCUGAGUCUGUACAGCAGUAAGGAGCCGCAGAGAGGUGCAGGUUUCCUAAACAAACGAGGAGUGGAUGUCAACAAAUGUGAAAUAGCAAGGUUCUAUAAGCUGCAUGAGAGGAAGGUUGAGCCCAUUUCAAUGACUGUGCCUCGUAAGUCUGACCUGUUUCAAGGGGAUUUGUACCCGGAUACAGCGGGAUUAGAGCCAGCUCUGCUGGCAGAAGAUUGGAUAGCAGGUCAGGAUGCUCCUCCAACCCUUGUUUCCCUCAGCGGAGGCUACACAGCCCCUCCGUCCAAAUGCGGCACGCUCCGGGGUCGACCCAAACUGCUUUCUCAGACCAACAGUAGUCCCAGCAGCACGACUGCGCCAGCAAACCCUGUGGCAGAUGAGAUGGAGAGUGAGGAGGUGGGUCACGGACGAGGAGGGAGGGACAUGGAUGUAGGGAUGGAGAGAAUGAAGAAAGAGGAUGACCAACUUACGGAUAUUCUAACGGAGGUGCGAGCUUUGCGUGCCCUGGUUCUGACUCAAGGUCACAGGAUUGACGUACUCGAAAGACAAUUCGCCCGCAUUGAGGAUGGAGAAGUGUAAAGGAAACAACAUACAAAUCAGAACACAUAGCCUUAUUACUCAGAUUCAGAAAGCUUUACUGGAGGAUUUGGGGAAAUGCAGUUACAUUACUGUGGCAUAGCGAUACAAAGAUACGAUUAAGUUUUUACACAUUAUUGGAACACUUUGCUUUUAAAUGCACUGACAUUUGAUAUAAUAAAUGCUGCUCAUUUUUGUGCUUUUAAAUAGGGAUGUCAGGUUCUGACUACUGCUAACUGUACUUGUCUACUUGUCUGUAUUUGGUUGGGUCAGCAUUUGCAUAAACAUCCGAACAUCCGAACAUGUAUUAAGACAGCAAUUACACUGGUGGCCAAAAGUUUGGAAUAAUGUACAGAUUUUGCUCUUAUGGAAUGAAAUUGGUACUUUUAUUCACCAAAGUGGCAUUCAGCUGAUCGCAAUGUAUAGUCAGGAAAUUAAUAACAUGAAAAAUUACUAUUACUAUUUGAAAAAAAAUAAAUCUGAACUUUUUAAACUACUUCAAAGAGUUCCUCCACGUGCAGCAAUGAAAGCUUUGCGGAUCCUUGCCAGUAUAGCUGUAAGUUUGUCCAUAUACUCAGGUGACAUUUCACACCACACUUCCUGUAGCACUUGCCAUACAUGUGGCUGUCUUGUUGGACACUUCUCACGCACCUUACAGUCUAGCUGAUCUGACAAAUGCUCAAUGGGUUUAAGAUCAAUAACACUCUUUUCUAAUUAUCUGUUGUCCAAUGUCUGUGUUUCUUUGCUCACUCUAAAAUCUUCUUUUGUUUUUCUUCAAAAGUGGCUUUUUCUUUGCAGUUCUUCCCAUAAGGCCUGCACCCUGAAUCUUCUCUUUACUGUUGUACAUAAAACUGGUGUUGAGCGGGUAGAAUUCAAUGAAGCUGUCAGCUGAAGACAUGUAAGGAGUCUAUUUCUCAAACUAGAGACUGAUGUACUUAUCCUCUUGUUUAGUUUUACAUCUGGCCUUUUACAUCUCUUUCUGUCCUUGUUGUCCUUUGUCUUUGAAGACUGUAGUGUUCACUUUUGUAUGAAAUCUGCAGUUUUUGGAUAUUUCAAGCAUUGUAUAGCCUUCAAUCCUCAAAACAAUGAUUGACUGUUGAGUUUCUAGAGAAAGCUGUUUCUUUUUUUGCAAUUUUUUACCUAAUAUUGACAUGCCAGUCUAUUGCAUACUGUGGCAACACAAAGACAAUGUUAAGGUUCAUUUAAUUAACCAAAUAGCUUUCAGCUGUGUUUGAUAUAAUGGCAAGUAAUUUUCUAGUACCAAAUUAGCAAUUUAGCACGAUUACUCAUGGACAUGGUGUUGGAGUGAUGGCUGUUGAAAAUGGGGCCUGUCUAGAUAUGAUCAAAAAUGACUUUUUUUCAAAUAGUUAUGGUGCUGUUUUUUUUUACAUCAGUAAUAUCAUGACUAUACUUUGUGAUCAGUUGAAUGCCACUUUGGUGAAUUGAUAUUCAAAUUUCCUUAUGAAUCAGCUAAAUCUGUACAUUUUUCCAAACUUUUGUCCACCAGUGUAUGUAUGCCUCUGCUUAACUGUUAGAAUCCUUCAGGAAGUGUAAUAAUCCAACAUGCUGAAUCGAUGAGUCUUUCACUAAAGCUUAAUGGUGCUUAUCUCUAUACACUGAACAGCACUGUUCUUAGGUUUACCUGCUCUAAAUAUUUCCUCUCUUCCAUUGUACACUACCACUCAAAAAUUUUGAAAGACUUGACUGAAAUGUUUCUCAUGAUUUUUUUAAUCUUUUGAUCUGAAGGCAUAUGCUUAUAUGUUUGAAAUUAUUUUUGUAGACAAAAAUGUAAUUGUGCCACCAUAUUCAUUUAUUUAAUUAUAAAACAAAAAUUAAAUUAAUUUUUUUUGAUUUUAUUUAAUUGAUGACUUGGACCAAAUAAUAAAGAAAAGCAGCCAAUAAGUGCCCAACAUAGAUGGGAACUCCUUCAAUACUGUUUAAAAUCAUCCCAGGGUGAUACCUCAAGAAGUUGAAAAUGUCAAGAGUACAUGUCUGCAAAUUCUAGGCAAAGGGUGAAUACUUUGAAGAUGCUAAAAUAUAACACAGUUUUUAUUUAAUUUGGAUUUUGUUUAGUCACAACAUAAUUCCCAUAGUUCCAUUUAUGUUAUCCCAUAGUUUUGAUGAUUUUACUAUUAUUCUAAAAUGUAAAAACAAAAAACAUUAUAAUAAAGAAUGAGUAAGUGGUUCAAAAUUUUGACAGGUAGUGUAUGUCUUAACAAAUGUAGCAUCAGUUUGGAUGUUUUUGAGUUUCAUGAGUAGAUAUGUGUGUAUGUCUUAGAAACUGUACUCUUAGUUGAAGGUAUUUGUGAGCUGUCAGUAUAUAUAAAAAAGAAACACUAGCUCAUAGAGCAAUGGAGUUAACUGUCAUUAACUAAAAUACUUCCUCAUGCAGACCUUGUAGGGUGAAACUCAUGAAAACAAUCCAACUCACAUUUAACCCCAAAGUCAUAAGAAAUUCUGUUUUGCUUUAAGAAAAUGAAACCUAAAUUAUUUCUAUGACCAAUGACAAUUUUAGCAUAAUGAAAAUUGUUUUUUGAUGAGUGAGCACACUUUCUCAAAAAAUUUCUCAUUACUGUAAUGACAGUUGGGGGCUUAAUUGUCAACAAUGCCAAAACAAAAUUCCUUUAAACAAGCAUUAUUUUCUUAAAGCAAAAUAUAAUUUCUUUACUUCUUUUUGGGGGAGAAGUAUGACCUAGACAUGUUCUUAAAAGGUUUUGUGAGAUGCAUUGAUCUCAUUUCUUCCAUUGAUGAAUAGUGGUGAUUUAUUCCUGUUUGAUUGAAUAUGAAAAAUCUGUUAGAAUGAUGUGAUGUUGAUAGGUCUAGAUGGUGGUGUUUUUAUAUUUGUUUUAUUUGUAGCCUCUCUUUUAAAGUCUUUAAUCAUGGGCACUACAAUCAGGAAUGCUAGUUUCAGGGAUGACUCAUCCUUCUCUGUGAAUGAUUUUGUUUAUUUUUAGCUUUACUUACUGCAUAUGUUGUAAAUUAGCUAAUUACUCAUCAACUUUAAACUUAAGUGCUAACUCAACAUGUUCUUUUUAAUAAACAAC